GCCGGACACAACUAUAUAUAGAAAAUUUUGUGUCGGUCAGAUACAUGCUGCGGUAGGAUUCCACUAGGGGAUUCUAGUGUAGACACUAUCUGUCUAACUAAUGAGUGGGUCAGAWCCURUUGAUGAUAGAGYUGACAACAGGAGACUAACACGUGCACGGGCACUAAGGGUACCGCACGUGUUUCAGGCCUUGGAGCCGGGAGAAGAAAGAAGGAUACGUAGAGCCCGUGCGCUAGCAGCGGGGAUAGCCGAAGCAAACAGAGCAGCAAGAGAGCAGGCAACAGCAGCCAGAGCAGCUGCGAUGGCUAACGGCGCAAGCUCUGCUGCAUCAUCAUCUGCGUCCUCGCCAGGGACUAAUGGGAGCUCGUUGGGAAUGCCAACGAGUUCCACAAGUUCCUUAGGCACUUCCGGUUCCACAGGUUCUAGACAUUCUUUAAAUCAAAUGGCAAGCUCGCAGUUCAGCCCCAUGACCGCACGUGAGCGGGAGCUCAGAGAGAUCCAACAGGUCGAGAGGCUUCGCCGUAAAUUAGAGAAGGACCUGAAAGAGGCGACCGAUAGAGAAAAUGAAAUGAAAACUAGAGCAGUCAGGCUUGAAACUUUAGAGGCUGACAAGGCUGAACUAGAGGGCUUGGAUGAGGCAACAAUGAAUGCCCAGAUGAAAGUGUUGAAGAAGAAUGUGUUGUCGCUGCACGCGCAUGUAGACAGCAGAUUCGACUUCAUGCAAAGCACUCUAGACCAGAUCCUGGACGCUUUGACAAGGCCAAGAUACCGGCCACGAGCACAAUCGUCGUUGCCGUUAUCGGCGAUAUCAGGCCCCUUUCCGGUUCAAGCUGGCACACAGCCAAGUGGCACAUCUGCAACAGGCGCACAGACUGUUGCAUCUUCUUCUUCGGGUCCAGCGGUGGUUGCUACACCACCGCAACAGGCUAGUCCUCCACAAGGACAGCCACAAGGUCAAUGGUAUCCCAAGACCCCAAUGAAACCUCCUCUUGCCUUCUCAGGCGAGAGAAAGGACGAAGAACUCAACACAUGGUUGAGGACCGUCCCGGUUUGGGUGAAGGCCAAAAGGACCUUGCCUGAGGACGAAGUGGUAACUGCGGCGUCUUACCUAGAGGGUAAGGCAGCCAAAUGGUUAGACGGUGUAGUUGUGAAGGCUGGGUACGGGCAGCGCAUGGCGGAUUGGGCUAAGUCUUUGACUUUAGACCAAUUUAUGGAGAUGGUAGAAGCUCGAUGGCAUAACCCACAGGAGGCUCAAAGGGCCACUGAUGCCAUUAACAAACUUGACCAACGCAAGUUCAGGUCAGUUAGGGAGCUUACGACUACCGUCGAGAGCCUGAUCCUCGUCCAAGGCAUCAACUACAGUGACCAGUUCUUCUUAACCACGUUUGUUAGAUGUCUACCUGAGAACAUGAGGAACUUACUAGCGAGUGAGGCACGCACUGAGUACCACUCAUUUGAGACAUUGUCUAGGAAAGCCUUAGAUUUAGAGGCCACGCUAGGCAAUGCUCAACCCACCUCAGGGAAUGACUCAAAGAAGAAGAAGAGUCCUCAGGAGUGGAAAAAGAAGGGGGCGAAGUUGAUGAUGGUUAAGUCUGAUGGGACUCAAACUGAGAUUGAUGAGCUCUCUGACCUGAUGGACUACUCAGAGUAUGACGACGAGGAGGUAGUUGAGGGUAGCACCCUUGCCGCGGUAGUAAAGACUAAGGCAGGUGGUCGAGGGAAGGGCCAACCUACGAGUCAAGGGAAGGCCACCUCCAAUCAGACCAAACAGUCUGAGUGGGUAAAGGCAGGUCUUGAUCAAGACGUGUGGCGUGACCGCCGAAUGCGUGACGCUUGCAUCAACUGCGAAGAAUACGGACACACGCAAUGGAAGUGUCAGAACACUAAGGUUAAUCCGCAAAUCAACAGACUAACCACGGCGUGGCUCAAGGAGAGGACAGUGACGGCGAUUUUCCAGGGAGAAGCGAGAGACGUACCGAUGAGGACCAGAGAAGACCUGAUUCGGGCAUACGAGAACGGCUGGCUAAGGAAGAAGCCGUUUGCAAGAGGGUUCAAGAGAGGGAGGGUCCACGGAGAAGGGCCCAAUGUGAUGUCAUACGUUGCUAAGUCGAGGGAGAUGGCUCAAUGGCUAGUGGCAAAGGCAGACGAUGUGGUGGUGAUUAGAGGAGUCGAGUAUAAGAUGCUAUUUAAAGCAUGGAUGACAAGGACAGAGCUAGAGGAGCGGAGAAGACAAGAUGAUGAAACUAAGUUCUGGGUCGUAGCUCUGAGAGUACCAUUGCGUGCUAUGUUCCAUGUGGGCGAUUUGAUUACCCAAGUGUUGGGCCCUAUCAUUACACGUCACCCCCCAGAGCCAGACGCCACACGCCCGAAGCUUAUGAAUUUGAAAUUCGAACUUGCAAGGGAAGCGGAAGAAAGGUUUGAGGCGAUCCUCGCAAUGAAGCUCGACGAUGCAAAGUUAUACAACGUACAGCUUGUCAAUAAGAACAAGCCAUGGUGCACUCGGUGCAAAUGGUGGUUCCAUACGGAAUCGGACGGCUGUCCAAGAGCCGAUGAAGCCUCGUCGAGUGAAUAGGAUGCAGUCGGAGGUCGCAACCGUGGCCCUCAACAAGGCGAAGUGGUAUUCGACUGCGGGAUCAGAUCGGCGGCCAGAGAUCAACACAUCGUUCCCUCAAGUGGAGGAGAGUUUAGCGAGGCAGCGACAAGAAGACAAGGGGGGUUCGGCCACCUAGCAAGCAGACCACGAGAUCGAGCGGCCGCUCCGAUGGGAGAUCUCCCAAAGGAUCCUAUGCCCAAGCUCACGGUGGAUACACCGGUAGGUAAACGCCUGAAGUUCUUCAUUCCACUGAGAGAUGCAAGAAAUUUCGAUGCAACACUGGGCGGGCUUGCCAUCGGUAGGGUUAACGUGUAUGCCCCUCCGCCUACUACUAGGAGUUCCGGGAGACGAACUUGAUAGUGUGCUGGUAGAACCAGCCUGAGGGAUCUCUGCUUCCAUUCUCGGAGCUCUGAAUGAACGUAUGCCACUGAA